CAAUUUAUUCCAAUUGUUUAUGUGAAUGUGUUUGAAUGUUCCGCUCAAUUGACAUAUGAUUUCUAACCUUUGGUGACAUAACCUCACAAUCACAGUCUGCAUUUGACGAAAUGUAAGAAAAAGGUAAACAAAAAGUGGCUGUGAGUAUUGAACAUGACAAAUGGCAAAAGUUAUAAUUAUUGAAGCCUUCUACGGCGGUUCACAUAAACAACUUUUGGAUACGGUUCUGCAAGAUAUUGAUGUUGCAAAGUAUGAUUUAUACACGUUACCAGCCAAGAAAUGGCACUGGCGAGCAAGAACGAGUGCAUUGUACUUUUCUCAAUCCAUUCCAACCGAUCAUCAGUAUGAGGUUCUCUUUACAUCGUCGGUGUUGAACCUGGCAGAAUUGAUUGGCAUGCGCCCAGACUUAGUCGUAUGCAAGAAAAUUGUCUAUUUUCACGAGAACCAAUUGAUUUAUCCGGUGCGAGAAAUCAAAGAACGCGAUUGCCAGUAUGGAUUGAAUCAAAUUAUGACAUGUCUUGCUGCCGAUCGAGUGCUAUUCAAUUCAAAAUUCAAUCAGAGCUCGUUUCUUGACAAUAUCAGUACGUUCUUGAACAUUCAAUCGGAUUUUAAAAUAAAAGGACUUCGAGAUCGUAUUGAGCCAAAAUGUGAAGUUUUAUAUUUUCCCAUAAAAUUCCAUCGAAUGCCGAUGGAACGAGCAACUGAGCGAAAUUUCAGUGAAUUACACUUGCUUUGGGCACAUCGAUGGGAGCACGAUAAAAAUCCACAAUUGCUAGCCAAUACACUCAUUGAACUGAAUCAACGACAAAUUCCAUUCACCGUUUCAAUUGUUGGCGAACAAUUUGAUACGCAUCCACUAUGCUUCGAUGAAAUGCGCGCCAAACUCGAGGGAAGAAUUCGAAAUUUCGGAUUUUUGAGCCGCGAAGACUACUUAAAGUGCCUUGGUGAAGCAGACAUCGUUUUAUCGACGGCUGAUCAUGAAUUUUAUGGCGUUUCGAUGCUUGAAGCAGUCCAUUGUGGUUGCAUGCCAAUUGCGCCUAAUAAAUUAGUCUAUCCCGAGAUUUAUCCAAAGGAUAAUCUUUUCAGCACCGAAAAGCAACUGAUAAAAAAGCUUCAAAAUUGGUGCAAAAAUCCAUCUGUAUUCCAUCAACAGCGCCAAAAGUUUUUCCAAUCUUUUUCAGUGCAGCCAUUUGCCAGCGAGAAUUUAAUUAAACGAUUUCUUCAAAUACUUACGCUUAAUUAGAAUCAAUAUUUAUUGAAUAAAAACUAAACCAAUAAGCUAAUAAAUGCAUCAAAUGAAGAAAAAAAAAACAACACAAAA